GGCGGUGGUUUGUGGGACUGUGAGGGCCGAAAGGCGCACGCAUUCAAUACAAACCGAUAAACUCGUAAACCCUUCUCCCGUUCCGUUUCUUUUCUCCCUCAGGUCAAUCUCACACUUCAAAAAUAAAACCCUUCUUCUACCCUCCCUUUAUUUUUCGCUGAGAACUCUCAUCAAACACCAUGAGCUCCUUCAACAACAGCAACAACCCCAACUUGGACAACCUCCUCCUCCAAACUCUCAUGGACAGGCUCCACCUCCGCGCCCCAGUCAACAACCCCUUAAUCUCUCAGUCCCUCGAGGACUUCCUCUUCGACGACGACGAUGACGACGAAGAAGAAAACGAAAACGAUAUCUUCGGCCGCCAAAACGACGACGCAAGGUCUCAGCUCGCGAAAGAGGAGUCCAAGCUCGAGAGGGAGAUCAUCAAGGUCAUCCUCAGCGGCACCACCGAUUCCCUUAAGCCGAAUUCGGGCCAGGCGGUUACGGUUCGCGACCACCACAUCUGCGUCGGAUUUCAUGAAGAGAAGGGAUCCGAUUAUAGGGUUUGGGAGUGGCACGGUCACAUUAUGAUGUUUGAUGAGGAGCAUGGGUACUCGCCAGAGUACAUCUACGGUAACUACUUCGAGAGGUUGGUUCCCAGAACCAAUCGUCCUGGUGGUGCUGGUGUUGUUGCGCCGGUGAAGGAGGGGGAUGAGGAGGAGGAGGAGGAGGAGGAGAAGGAGGAGGAGAAAUCCGGGAAUUUAGGGCUCAGGGAAUUGAUUGAUUCUAAUGAUUCAAAUGAUUCCAAGGAUUCAAGUGGCAGUCGCAUUCUUCAUCGGAACAUCAACGCUGGGUCUCCAAGGUACUAGAUAUGGAUUUGUUCUUUCAACAACAGUUCAAGUUCAAUGUAUUGCAAGCAAACACCAGCACCAGAAUCAAUAUUCCCUUUGUUCAAAUAUUGAUUUCCUGUUUUACACAGCACACGUCUCAGAAUUAAGCCUGCGUCUGGGUGUCUCUUUGAGCUUCAAAUUAUUACUGGAAUUUAUUGGAAGUGAAGGAUGUGAGACGUAGUAUUUUACGAUAUACUAUUAUCUUUGCUCAGCUAAUUAAUUUUAGCAAUUUUUGUCAACUUCCAUAUGUUCAUUAAAGCUAAGCUGUUUUCACGGUAGAUUCCUGGAUGGUUGUUUCUUCGCAUUCAGAUUUUGGGACAGUGAGUUUUAAAUGCAGAAAUGUUUGAAAAUAAAAUAUACCAAAUGCGUUGUUUGUGAUACAAGCAUUAUAUUCAAGCAACAUGCUAUGCUUCCAGU